UCCGCACAAACAACGAUUGAACAUUGAUGUGCACUAAACAUCCACCAUGCAUCAUUAAUAAAGAAUCUCAUUUCCAUGACAACCACUAUAAUCACUAUUGCUGUCAACAAAUGCUACAAUUAAACAAGUUUGAAAAACCAUUAAGGAUGGAUUCAGAUUUUGAAGAGUUCAUGCUUAAAGUGGAAAAUAUAGAGUCCAUCGUGCGCGGGUUGCAGUCAACGAACAGAGAUGAGGUCGAGGUGGCAACUCGUCGUGCCGAGGCCCAUUUGAACCAGGCGGACUGUCACCCCAGCACUGGGAAUCAAACAGAGGGUCGUACCAGCACCAGAGACGGUGCUGGCGACUCAAAGAUAAGGUGCGACAGGACUGCGAUAAACAAGUGGUCGGGCGGGCCAUCCCAGCAAGACUCCCUUUCACCAGAGGCGUUCAUGAAGCAGGUGGAGCAAGACGCUCAGGACAGAGCCGCGGACAGAGAGCGUCGCAAACAAUUGUCGGACUCGUACGAAGCCAGGGGUGACGAGGCUUUCAAAAGGCAGGACCACAUUAAGGCGCUGGACAUGUACGACAAGGCGAUAGGCGAGACGAGGCACAGCGGCGCGCUGCACGAAAAGCGAGCGCGGGCUAGCCUGGGUCUCGGGCUGAGCCUCCGCGCGCUGGAGGACUGCGACCGAGCCCUCGGCCUGCCCGGCGCGGGCCUCGGGGCGCGCCUGGUCCGGGCCCGGGCGCUACACAACCUGGGGCGGGCCGGCGAGAGCGCGGACGCCGUCCGGGAGGCCCUGGAGCGGCACCCCGGCGAGGCGGGCUUCAUACGAGAUUAUGUCUCCAAGUUCAGUAGCAUUACUGAAUAAGAACAGUAGUUGCAGCAUACAAGCACUGCCGUAUUAUAUUCCAAAUUCAAACAUUGUUUUCUAUUUAUGUGUGUUUAGAAGAAAUACUUGUAACAGAUUGGCAGUGUUGCUUUGUCAAUGAAAAUUAAUUACAAAUAAAUUAUAA